AACCCCUCGCUUGGCUUUGAAAAUGGCGAGAAAUGAAGAGGAGAUUGAAAGAGGCAGCGGAGAAGCAGAAGCAACAGAGAAUUCACUCAGUGAUGGGUCGAUUUGCGGUUUUGAUUCUCUCCAUAGUCUCCUCCGGGCGUCCCUCAGUCCCCAAGCUUUCCAGGAGGUCAGCCGAAUGCUCUUGGGGCUGAAUUGUGGAAAAGAGAUUGAAACCAUUUCUCUCCCCGAGCCUGCCAAAGUUCUCUCUUCAAAACAUGAUUUUGAUCUACAGCACUCUCUGCAAUCGAUUCGGUCAUUCAUAAUGGCAUUCCGCUUUCAUGCUGACAAGGAAUUAUUAACAGAACCUCAAAUGGUCAGAGUUGGUCUUAUUCAAAACUCUAUUGCCCUUGCAACAACUGCACCCUUUUUGGACCAAAAGAGAGCCAUCUUUGAGAAAUUGAAGCCAAUUAUUGUUGCAGCAGGUGCUUCUGGAGUUAAUAUCCUGUGUUUGCAAGAGUUUUGGAUGAUGCCUUUUGUAUUCUGUACUCGUGAGAAGAGAUGGUGUGAAUUUGCAGAGCCUGAUGAUGGAGAGUCAACACAAUAUCUCCAGGAUUUUGCAAGAAAAUAUAAUAUGGUGAUAGUCAGUCCAAUUCUUGAGAGAGAUGUGAAACACGGAGAGACUAUUUGGAACACUGCUGUAAUAAUUGGAAAUCACGGUAACAUUAUUGGCAAGCAUCGCAAGAACCAUGUAACUAGAGUCGGGGACUUCAAUGAGAGCACAUACUAUAUGGAAGGAAACACUGGGCACCCUGUGUUUGAGACAGCUUACGGAAGGAUUGCUGUCAACAUUUGUUAUGGGAGGCACCACCCAUUGAAUUGUUUGGCUUUUGGCUUGAAUGGCGCCGAGAUUGUCUUCAAUCCUGCUGCUACUGUUGGCGAACUCAGUGAACCAAUGUGGCCUAUUGAGGCUAGAAAUGCUGCGAUAGCGAAUAGUUACUUUGUCGGGUCAAUCAAUCGUGUGGGAACUGAGAUCUUCCCGAACCCAUUCACUUCGGGUGAUGGAAAGCCACAACAUGCAGAUCUGGGGCAUUUCUACGGAUCCAGUCAUUUUUCAGCACCAGAUGCUUCGUGCACGCCCUCUCUCUCCCGUUACAGGGAUGGGUUGAUCAUAUCAGACAUGGAUCUCAACCUCUGCAGGCAGCUGAAAGACAAGUGGGGGUUUUGGAUGAGUGCUCGGUAUGAGAUGUAUGCUAAGCUUCUUGCCCGGUAUAUUAUGCCUGACUUUGAGCCCCAAGUCAUUUCUGAUCCCUUGUUGCAUAAGUAAACCAUCUGAUCUGAGGUUCCAUGUAUUUGAAACAAUGUGACGCUUUGGUCAAGUACCAGUGUAGAACUAGAACAUAAACUUUUGUUGGAUGUACUGGUGAUGCAGCAUCCGUUAUAUGUAUGUGUUAUCAGUGGGCAUGUAUACUGUUUUUGCACCUUCUUCUUUAGGCCCUACUCUCUUGCUGUGAGAUGUGUAUGGAAAGCUCAAGCUUUAUGUAGUGUGGCCCUACUCUCUUGCCUCUUGAGUAGUAAACAUUGUCACCCAAAUUGUAUAUUUAUUGUAUAUAAAUACGACUCUCUCUUCA